UGAUUACGUACAAAAUGAGCCGUCCUCAUGAUGCACAGCGACCCUUUCCUUUUGGGAAUCCUUUUCGGAUGAUAUCGCCAAAGGGUUCUCAUCUAUCUUCAAAACUUAUUGCAGUAUUGAACAAUUUUGAGGAAACAGUAGCAGAUAGAUUUAGGAAACUUGACCCAAAAGAGACGGGUGAUGUGCUUAACUUAACUUGGAUGGAAAAGGCUAUGAAGUCACUUUGUGAAACCCACGGCGACAUAAAAAAUUUAAUCACUACACUUGAGCUUCCUGUCUGUGAUUGGGAUGACAAGUGGAUUGAUGUAUACCUUGACAUCAGUGUGAAGCUGCUUGAUUUAUGCAAUGCCUUCAGCUCUGAGAUCUCACGCCUGAACCAAGGCCGUCUAAUGCUCCAAUGCGUUCUCCACAAUCUGGAAUCCUCAUGUCCCGAACAAUUUAUCCGUGCUAGUUCUUCCCUUGAUCGUUGGAGACAUCAUAUCAGCUCGAGGAACCCCAGGUUUGAGAACUGUGGCAGUAUACUGGAUGGUCUGAGGGAAUCUCUUGAUUUGCCCAAGGUUAAAAACUCAGCCAAAGGUAAGGUUCUGAUGCGUGCCAUGUAUGGUGUUAAGGUGCAGACGUUAUUUGUUUGCAGCGUCUUUGUUGCUGCCUUCUCUGGCUCAGCCAAGAAACUGUUGGAGUUGAGUGUUUCUGAUACACACCUGUGGGGCCUUUCCUUCACUAACUUGCUGACAAGUGUAAAUAGUAGCAUUAGAAAUCGACCUUCUAGUGGUAGUGUGGCCAUCUUCAAGGAGCAGGAAGCAGUUGAAGCAAAUGUCAAGAAGUUGUCUCCACUGAUCCGCUCUAGGGAGGGCACAGUUGAAGAGGAAUCUGUCCGUAGCUCUGUUUCCAGUUUACGUGGGAGCGUUGAUCAUCUUUCGCAGGGGCUGGAUCUUCUUGAGAAGGAAGUGGAUGGCUUCUUCCAGGUUGUUUUAACCGGGCGUGAUGCUUUGCUGUGUAAUCUUAGAGCCAAUGGUCCAGCUUCAACGCAAAUGCAAAAAAACAUUGUGGAGCGAUAGUUCUCUAGAUAUCUUUGUGCUUUCUUAUAAAAAUCAACCAUGUAUUGCGUUAUCUUUAAUGGUGAGAGUAUGUAAGACUCCAUGUCGUGGACAUGUUACUUGUGGUGUGAGUGUAAGGCGUGCUAUGCUGCUACUAGAACAGUUUGUGUCGUUUGUUGGAACUAGCACUGAUCUAAGGUCAGGGAUAUAUGUUAAUGUAAAAAUUAGUGCGAUGCUGAAGAAUAUCGUCUUUAUCUC